AUGACUUGUAAAACUCCGUGGGCUGAGAUUGUCCUCUGGCAGAAUGGAAAAGUUGUGAGUUUUGAGAAAAAUUAUAUUGUUUUAGGUAUCAAAUCAAAAAUCUCAAAUUUUCUGAUCAAAAGUUUAUUUUAGCUCCAUUCUUUUUUGGCGGAGGACCAUUCAGUCGAAAUCGGCAAGCAGUUUCUCGUUUCAAGCGCAUUCCAGAAUACAGGUAACGAUUUAUAUUAUACUUGACACCUUGAUGUUUAGAACCUAGUAUUUGUACCAUAACCAAGGUGAAGAAUGGAUGCGAGGUGAAGAAUAUGUCAUUCCAAGCAAUCUACGUUAUUACUGAUUCAAAUCACCGGACUGGGCAUGGAAGUCACAACAAACAUACACCGAAAGAUCUGGCCAAAGGUGGGCAUCUAAAAUAAGGUUGAUUUUGUCGAAAGAUGAUGGCGAAAUUAUAUGAAUUUAUUUGAAGAAGAUCUUUGAGGGCUUUUUAAAGCUUUUUCGAUCUAGUUUGAGGUUGAAAGAAGUGUUGUUUUAGGUGAAAGUUGGAUGCUGUUCUGGGAAACCUCUUUCAAUCGGCAACUAAAAGAAGCGGCAACAUUCGAAGACCUCCAGGAUAAGGGACUACAGUCUAUGUGCUUCUCCAAGCUCGAAUUCAAGAGAAAUGGAGAGCAUUUUGGAAUAGGCAUCACGUUCGUGGAGGCCUGGGACAAAAUUCGAAAAGCUUCGGCCGCCAAAAUGUUCGGCUUGGAGAAUGGAGAAUUGUAAGAUAUUUAGAGUGCCAUUGGGGUUGGUUAGGAGAAAUUUCAGCCAAGAAUUGGGAGAUUUUCGAAAAAAAUUCGAAAAUUUUUGCUUGGUCCCCCCUUGGCAUAAUUUUUUUUUAAAAAAUUUUCUGAAAAGCUUUAUAGACCUCUCUAAGAAUGGCUGUAGCUUUUGAAGAAUUAAUUCUACGUUUGAACAUGUUUAUUCUCAGAAAUCGCACAGUUUCCCUCUCCCAAUCCGAUGCCCAGAGAUUCAAACUCCCAGUUUUCCGUCCCAGCUCCUCACCCUUGCGAAAUCGCGCUUUGCCAACGAUUUCGGACAGAGAAGAAGUCAGAAGCAGGAAGUCGUCGAUAGUCAGAGAUAUGGUCAACUCUUUUACUGUGAGUUUUGUUGGUUUUUUGAAUGAAAAGUGGUGUAAAGCAAAAUAUUGGGAAAAUUGAGGGGUUUUCAUGGUCUCAGAGCACAUUUUAAGGCCGAUUGAAGGCUUAUAACACAAGAUUUUUCUUCAAUGGGAGUAUUUUUUUGUUAAAUUUUAGACCAAGUACAAUAUAAUUUUUUCGAUUUUUUUCCAAAAAUUUUUUCAUUUUUUUAGACCCAAAUGGAGAACAAAGAGAACCAUUUGACCCCAACACUCGGAAACAGCUGCAUAACCCCGAAAAAUGACCUUAUCGGACAUCCACCCCGGUCCUCGGCCAGAAAAUUGAGUCAACUUUAUUCGGCGACCAAAAAACCGAUCCUCCAACAGAGUCUGAUCGAGCUGGACGAAGAGAUAAAACUCCUCGAUUUGGCCGUCCUGAAGAUUAUGCACAAACCGGGGGGCCAACACACACCCAACCUGGGUUAUAAAAAGAUUUCGCAUCGAAGUGAGGCGUCGGAGUCAAGUCCCGACGAAUUUAUGCUCAAAUCGGAGCUGAUUAAACCAAAAAUCCGCACCUUUUCGGCGGGAACGUUGCAUCCGGACGUGUAG